GUCAAUAACAACGGAGAAGGUGGUGUAACCGACUGCAUUGCUGCGAAUCCCAAACUCCAUAGCUAUUGGGACUGCGUUGAACCAUUGACUCUGCGCUAAAACUCAAAGGACUGCAUUUCAGGGAUGGAUGAAUAAAACCAGACCAAAAAUAUGCUCCUGUAACACAGUACUAUCAUACAAGGCCUAUCUUGAUAUGACAAUGGUGUGAAGUGGCCCUCAGGAAAGAAGAACACAAGUCCCUCAGGUGUCCCACUGUCCUCUUCAUCGCUCCAUGCCCCGCUAAGAAGACAACACAGUGUUCCACUUGUGGAAAGAAGAGUUUUGCACCCUCUUUUUGCUCUACCGUUUCUUUCUUGCCAUGGGGGGUGCGGUGAGUGCCGGGGAGGACAACAAUGAUCUGAUUGACAACCUGAAGGAGGCGCAGUACAUCCGUACAGGUCGCGUGGAAAAGGCCUUCAGGGCCAUAGACCGCGGGGACUACUACCUGGAUGGCUACAGGGACAAUGCCUAUAAGGACCUGGCGUGGAAGCAUGGCAACAUCCACCUUUCUGCCCCCUGUAUCUACUCUGAGGUGAUGGAGGCUCUGAAGCUCCAGCAGGGACUGUCCUUCCUCAAUUUGGGCAGUGGGACUGGGUACCUCAGCACCAUGGUGGGACUCAUCAUAGGUCCAUUUGGUGUGAACCAUGGAGUGGAGCUCCAUGCGGAUGUGGUGGAAUACGCCAAGGAGAAACUAGAUGACUUCAUCAAGAAUAGUGACAGCUUUGAUAAGUUUGAGUUCUGUGAACCCAUCUUUGUGGUGGGCAACUGUCUGGAGAUCUCGUCAGACAGUCACCAAUACGACCGUAUCUACUGUGGUGCGGGGGUGCAGAAGGAUCAUGAAAAUUACAUGAAAAUCCUGCUCAAAGUUGGGGGUAUUCUAGUGAUGCCUAUAGAGGAUCAGCUGAUACAGAUCACCAGGACUGGUCAGUGUUCCUGGGAGAGUAAGAAUAUCCUGGCCGUGUCAUUCGCACCUCUGGUCCAGAAGAACAGAGCUGAGGGAAGCAAGCCUGAUGCUGUAGAGCUCCCCCCAGUGACAGUCAGGAGCCUUCAGGACCUGUCUCGCGUCUACAUCCGCCGCACCCUCCGAGAUCUGACCAAUGAAGAAUGUCCUGACAAAGGUCUGGUGCAGAGGGCGCCCCAGAAACGCAAGCGCAGGCGUUGCCGGCUGCGACGCAUUAACACGUACAUCUUUGUGGGUAACCAGCUGAUCCCCCAAGCCAUGGAGAGCGAGGAGGACGAACAGAUUGACCAGGAGCAGCACAAGGAGGACCAGGAGCAGCAAGAGGCGCAGGAGAAGGAGCAGGAGGAGGAGAGAGACAUUGGCAGCGUUGAGAUACUAAAGGCAGUGAAUGUGCUGAGAGACAAAAUCAUGACUUUACCUCUGCCUGAAUCGCUGAAGACCUAUCUGUUAUACUACAGAGAAAAAUGACUGACUGCUCAACCUGCUGGCAUCUGUUCUCAUGGAUGCCAUCCCUGCUGAGAUGCUUUUCUUCAUUCUCCUGUCUCCUUUUUUCAGUACUGAAUGAUGUAGUAUUCUUUUUCUUCUUCAAUAUGAACAUGGAAUGGACACUGAGACUUACUGUGUCGUCAUGGAUCAUUUUCUAUAGUUACUAUGAUAUGGUUAUGUUCGUUUUUAUGUUAUCGAUUGUCUUUUGAAUUUGUAUAUCAAAGAUUUAUUUAAAAGCCUACUGAAUGGAAAAUCCUUUUCAAAGAUGGUAUUUUGAGGAUGUAGAUUGUAUCACAUGUUAAUAUUCCAGCAAAUUGUCACGAAAUGAAAUUGUAUAAAAUAAAAUGCUACCUAUAUUUGUUAACAAUA